CUCGCUCCUCCCUCGCUCCUCCCUCGCUCCGCCCCUCCACCAGCAGCAUGCCUCCUCCCCUCCGCCCUUGUUCCGCGCGGGCGGCCACACCGCCCUCCAUGUUAUUUCUCCCUGGCAAAAGGCGGAGCCCCGAAAGAGCGCUCGCUGGCGCGAGCCUGGUGACCUUCGCCGAACUGGCGUGGCAGCGGUUUGGGGAAGCCUUGCCGAAGAAGGUUGCGGACUUCGCGAAGGGGGUGGCCGGCGUGAGCGUCUGGAAUACCAAUGGGACCCCGUACGUCUAUCCUUGCGAAGUGUUCAAGUUGUUGCGUCGUUUCAGCGAGAGCGACAUCGAGCGCUUGCAUAAGAGCUCAUCGUCAGUUGUUGCGGUGUGCGCUGGUUGCUCGUGCCCACGCAGCGCCGGGCAGGAGGACCCCAACGACCGCGUGUGGCGCUGUGUUGGUUGUUUCAUCGACUGGUACGGCUGCUACCUCUAGACAUCCGAGGGGGUCGAUAGGCUCGCCCAGCGUGGCGGCGUUACGAACCGCAAAGCACAGUGCCAGAAGGGCAAGAAGGGCAACGAGAAGGGCAAGCACUGAUGGGAAGGCGGCGUCACUCGAAGUGCGCAAGACGUGCAGGGUCUUGCCAUGGCCCAAGGCCAACCUCACAUCUAGAAGUCUCCGCAAUCAUCUGCAUGGGGUUCCCGCUUCUUCCUGGACUGGCUUCUCCGCCGAUGGACGAGAACGAA